AUGGCCGCGGCCGCGGCGGGUGGAGCUCCGGGCCCGGCCCCCGGCCCCGCCAGGCCUCCGCCGCCCGCCGCCCCGGCCGCGCGGGCCCCGCCGCAGGCGCUGCGGAGGCGCGGGGACUCGCGGCGCCGCCAGGCCGCGCUCUUCUUCCUCAACAACAUCUCCCUGGACGGGCGGCCCCCGAGCCUGGGCCCAGGCGGAGAGAAGCCCCCGCCGCCGCCCGCGGAGGCCCGCGAGCCGCCCGCGCCGCCGCCGCCCGAGCCGCCCGCCAGGGCCCCCGCGCCCCCGGGCCUGCUCAGCCCCACGCAGGCGCCCGCCGGCCUCGGCCUGGACGGGCAGCGCCAGAGGAGGCGAGUCACAUCGCAGCGCUGCUCCCUCGAGUUUCUGGAAGAUGCGGUGGGCUGCGCCUCAGUGCAGAGAACCAAACACACCUCUGGAUCCCCAAGACACAAAGGCCUGAAGAAGACGCACUUCAUCAAGAACAUGCGGCAGUACGACACCAAGAACAGCAGGAUCGUGCUCAUCUGCGCCAAGCGGUCGCUGUGUGCAGCCUUCUCGGUCCUGCCCUACGGAGAGGGCCUGCGGAUCAGUGACCUGCGGGUGGACGUCCAGAAGCAGCGGCACCCGUCCGGCGGCACUUCCGUUCCUCCCGAGAUGGUCUUUGAGUUGGAAGGCGUCGAGCUGGGAGCGGAUGGCAAGGUCGUGUCUUACGCGAAGUUCCUGUACCCGACCAAUGCCCUGGUUGCACACAAGAGCGACGGCCACGGCCCGCUGCCCCCACCUCGGCCCAGCAUCCCCCGGGCUCUGCCGGGCUCAAGACACAAACCUGUCCCCGCCAAGUCAGCACCAGCUGGCACAGAGCUAGGGAGUGACGCGGGAGACGCCCUGGAGUACAACCCCGACCUCCUGGACGACCCACAGUGGCCCUGCGGCAAGCACAAGCGGGUCCUCAUCUUCGCGUCAUACAUGACCACGGUGAUAGAAUACGUGAAGCCCUCAGACCUCAAGAAGGACAUGAACGAGACCUUCAGAGAGAAGUUCCCACACAUCAAACUGACGCUGAGCAAAAUCAGGAGUUUAAAGCGGGAGAUGCGGAACCUCUCUGAGGAGUGCAGCCUGGAGCCCGUGACAGUGUCGAUGGCCUACGUGUACUUCGAGAAGCUAGUCCUGCAGGGCAAGCUGCACAAGCAGAACCGCAAGCUGUGUGCCGGGGCCUGCGUGCUGCUGGCCGCCAAGAUCAGCAGUGACCUCCGCAGGAAUGAAGUGAAGCAGCUCAUCGACAAGUUAGAAGAAAGAUUUCGAUUCAACAGGCGAGACCUGAUUGGGUUCGAGUUCACGGUGCUCGUGGCUUUGGAACUUGCUCUGUACCUUCCCGAGAACCAAGUGUUACCUCAUUAUCGACGCCUCACCCAGCAGUCCUAGCCCAGGCCCAGUGAGGGCACGUCUGCUGGCCCCAGAGGUGACCCAGGCACUGAAGCCCCCGAGUUCACCUGGCCUUUUCUGCGCCCGCCCAGCAGGGACGUGCCUGCCCUCUGGCUGGUGUGGCUCUUAUUUCUUUGCACUGUUUCCUUGGAAACGGUCACUGCUUUCAUUCCAAAGUGCAGCGCACCUCUGAGAGUAUUUCUCACAAUAUUCCUGGAUUUUUAUGUGAACUAAAUGUGGAGUUUUGUCACUGUUCCUUUUUUUCCGUGUGCCGAAGACCAGUCUGGCACCAGGGCCUCUGGUUUACAUCCCAACUUUGCAGGACUUCUGUCUCCACCUGGCCUUCUGCAAACCUUCGCAGCUCCUGCACUAGCACCAGGGUGGAGGGCUGGGUUUCCAGACCUCACUGAACACACUGAAAUUGCGGUUUAACUUAAGCAUUCAUUGUGGGUAUGUUGGUUGUUCAGACGUGGCGACGCAGCACUGUGGAUUCCCGACAGCAACACAGUGCUGGCCCUGCCACCCAAGCAAAGCUACUGCAGAGCUUUCUCCACCUGCCUUGCCCACGUCGGCAGGUAGAGCUUUUGGUGUCGGGUUAGGUCAACAAGAGCAGGCGCCUGACUUGUUCUGAUCUCAUUUUUGGACUCUUGAACCUCUGCUGAAGCAUCGAGUCACUGUGAAACCCUGACGCCCCUUGUGGUACACCAACAGGGCUCAGCCAACCCUCACCUGUGCCAGGAAAACCCAUUACCUGUGAUGCUCUGGGCCUUCAGGACAACUGUUGGUUGCUGGCUCUAGACUCUUGAUUUUCCUAAGCAAUAUUGUGAUGGAGAAAAAUAACGUAUUUAUUAUAAUUUGGGAUUUGGUUUUGAGGACCUUUUUUUUGAGGUAACAAAAACUGGUUAAAUGAGGUCUGAAGCUGACUUGAAAAAACACCUGACCCUCCAGUGGGAGACCACUGGCCACUCACACCCCACACCCCCUCGGUCAGUGUCAAGGCCUUUCUUCCUAGGCAGGAAGUGGACGCUGUCUCGACCGGCUCGGCCAGGGCAGCCCACUGGGCCAAGCAGACCCCAAGCAGUGGUUGUUGUCACUGCUGUGCAGGUCUGUGCCCACAGCUCGGCAAGACCCCUCUUCAGCUUCCCCGGGUUUGUCUCAAGUCCUGGCACAGUGAGUUUUGCAGUCCAGUUCUCCAGCUAGCUGCCCCGUCAGAAACACUCGGAAUAACCAAGGACUGCUGAGUUUUUCUUCAUGUCAGCUGGUCUCAAAAACGGCCAUUCUGGCUGGGCCACCAAGCUGUCUUCCCUACUGCUGUCUUAUCAACCUGCCCGUCACUGGGCAGGGGAGCUGGGAUGACCCCCACCUCCACCCCAUUAAUACAUUACACUCUGCUCACGUGGACUGGUGCUUCUGCGGAAAGGAGAUGCCAGUUCUGCUGCUGGCAGAAUUCAGGCCGCCAGCAGCUCCACCAGACAGAUCCCAGCAGAGCUGCCAGACAGCUGCCUGCCCACUGGCUCCUGCAGGCCUGUGCCCACCUGCCCUCUCUUCCAUUGCCGUGGCCACUUGCUGGGACCCCGAGAACUAGUAGCGUACGAGGAACAGGUGCCCAAGGGGAAGACUGCAGAUGGCGACAGUCUCUUCUAAGCAGCAGCCCAUCCUCUCAGGCCAAGGAUGAUGCCCUGAAACCCAACGUGCACCCAGGAGGAAAGGACACGACCAGGCAGCUGCUAUACCACAUAAAAUGCUGGGCCUAAGCCCCAGGCAACUUUCCUCUGAGAAGCAACCUCUCCUGCCACCAAGAUACCACCUGGAGGGCACCUGCAUGGCAUGAACACCAUAAGGGACUGACUCCUAAAAUACUCAUUCAGGUUUACAACCUACCUUCAAGGGACACAUCUCCAUGGGACUUUCUAUACAGACAAUAGCAAGAAAGUGGCCAAUAAGCACAGUAAUUUAAGUUUGUAUGUUUAUGUAGUGCGAGUAAGUCAUUUUACCAACCAGUCUGUAGGAAGCCCCCCUCCCUUCACUAUGUCCUUUUUAAUAAUGCCACGAGCUGCCACUGUAUGGUAUUCAAGAAUUACUGCAACAAAGGCAAGCGUUAAACCAAACAAAGCCUGAGUCCAUCACCCUCUAACAAGGGCAGGUGUCUGAGCUGUGUCAAAGGUAUUCAGCCAGGCUAUGACCAAAUGAAACCAGACCUGGUGCCGCUUCCUCAGCACCUGGUGGCAGUCAUGGAUGUAAAUGGGUAAAGUGAACAUCUGACCUCAGAAUGUUUGUCAUGGAUGUUUUUAAAUGGAUAAUGUAUUUGUGCUUUAAAGUAAACCUUGGUUUUGCAAUAUA